AUGUACAAACAAGCAAAUAUCACCAUUCCUAAAAAUCGACUUGGUUUGGCUAAAGCCAUGGGAUUGGUUGCAGCAUCCCACUUGGAUACUGUGUUAGACAAACUUAAAGACAUUCUUGAUAACAUUGGAAAAAGUGUUCUCCAGAGAUUUCUAUCCUUCUUCUCAGAUAAAACUAAGAUUAAAGAUUCUAAUGACAUUCAUGCUGCAUUAGCUCUCAUGUAUGGAUAUGCUGCAAGAUAUGCUUCUUCAAUUGUAAUUGAAGCCAGAAGAUGGAAGAAGUCGUGCAGAGCAACUAUUACAUUUCUUGAAACAAAUUGA